UUCAUCGCUACCGUUAGACCGCUAUCUUGCUCAGUGAUUAUUUUGAUGUUAAGCUGUUAAGUGGUUCGCAUUCGCGUGCGCAACGAUGGGCAAGAUACCGUACUAUUUCCCACAUCAAAACCAGUACAUCGCAGCAUUAGCAGCAUCCUAUGGCGUACUUACGAUCGGUAUGGUUUUUGGCUGGUCCGCACCAGCAGGACCACGGAUCUUGGAAGAUGGUGAAGGGAACGUAGAUCUGUCCGAUGAUCAAUUUUCUUGGACUAUUGCCUUUAUGCCUGUUGGGGGUGCAAUCGCCGCCAUACCUUGUGGUCUAAUGAUGAAAUCAGAAGGACGCAAAAAUACUAUCCUGUUCUUCGUUUUACCACUGCUUUUGGGAUGGGUAUUGCUGACUUGGGCUCAAGCUGUUGCGAUGAUGUAUCUUGGCAGAUUGUUGCAGGGCUUUGCUGCUGGCGCUUACUCUAUGUCAGUGCCGAUCUACAUAGGUGAAAUAGCGGAUCAACGAAUCCGUGGCACUGUGGGCAGCUUUUUUCAGCUCAUGCUAAACCUGGGAAUGCUGAUUUCAUUCAGCAUUUCGGUUGGUGUCAAUGUGUUUCAGCUGAAUAUAAUUUCCGGUUUUAUUGUGCUACUAUUUGGACCAAUAUUCAUGCUAAUGCCCGAAACGCCACCUUGUCUGCUUAAACGAGGACAUAAAACCAAAGCUGUAGAAACGCUCAAGUGGCUGCGUGGACCAAAAUGUGACGCCUUUUCAGAGAUAGAACUACUCCAAACGCAGCAGGAUGCAUUGUUGAAUCAGCCCAAAAAGUCAAUUAAAAAAUCCUUAUUCACCCCAGAAACAUUGAGCGCCCUCUUUGCCAUGAUUGGGCUGGUCACCUUUUUGCAGAUGUCCGGCAUUAAUGCAGUUUUGUUUUAUGCCACAGACAUUUUCAUGAAUGCUUCAGAUUCGCUUAAUUAUGGCGUGGCUACGAUCAUCGUCGGUGUGAUGCAGGUGUUUGGCACCCUGCUGGCCUCCUUUACAGUCGAUCGAGUUGGACGCCGCUGGCUGCUGAUGAUAUCUGCCGUAAUUAUGUGUGCCUCACACAUUGUCCUGGGGGUGUACUUUCAGCUUUUGCACACCAAUCCAUCGCAGGUGGAAAACCUCGAAUGGUUACCCGUUCUGGCGCUAUCCACCUUUGUAACUUUAUUUUCGAUCGGUUUCGGACCAGUGCCGUGGAUCAUGAUUGGUGAAGUGUUUGCGAUCGAUGUAAAAGAUCUCGCAAGCUCACUGGCAACAUGUACCAGUUACGCACUGUCGUUUAUGUUAAGCAUUACAUUCAAUCCACUUCGGAACGGGUUAGGUGAGGCGGGAACGUUUUGGUUGUUUGGUGGAUUCUGUUUGCUUGGUGCAGUUUUUGUAUUUCUUUUCGUACCAGAAACGAAGGGUAAAACAUUCGAUCAGAUACAAACUCGAUUGGCGAGCAGUCGUAUGUAUUAUAGGGCUGAAAAAUAA